AUGGACACCCCCCAAGAGAUGCCUGCCAAGAAGAUCGAAGUCGACCUCAAGGACAUUCGCUCUUCGACUCACAAUAACUCGUUGUUGAAAGAGCUCGAGGAAAGCCUCUCAAAAAAUCCACCCGCGUUCCCGUCGCGACUCCUCUGGGAUGACAAGGGCUUGCAAUACUUCGAAGCCAUUACUCACUCCCCCGACUACUACCUCACCAACUGCGAAAUCGAGCUUCUGACAGAACACAGCCGCGAGAUUGCCAAAGACAUCUACCCUAACACCAUCAUCAUGGAACUAGGAAGCGGUAGCCUCAGAAAGACCAAAAUCCUGCUUGAUGCUCUAGAAGCCCUGGAAAAGCCUGUGGACUAUUGUGCUCUCGACCUGAGUCGUCCGGAACUCGAAAGAACCCUGACCAAUAUCUCGCCUUCUUCGUUUCAACACGUGAAGUGCCAUGGAUCCACAAUCGGUAGCCUGUCACGCCCUGAGGCUGCCCAACUCCUCGGAGGCUAUGUUGAUGCCAUAGCGGAUGUUGAAGCCAUGAAGAGCUCACCGCACAAUGCCAUCUUUCUCGUGGGCGUCGAUGGAUGCAAAGACGCCGACAUGGUGUGGCGCGCCUACAACGACACUGAGGGUUACAAUCACCGCUUCAUCUCCAACAUCUUGCACCACGCCAACAAAGUGUUGGACAUCGAAGCCUAUCACUCAGAGGAUUGGACAGUCGCAGGGGUAUGGAGCGCCGAGAAGGGAUGUCAUGAUCAAUUUCUUAUGCCUGAGCGAAAUCUGUUUGCUAGUGGCUUGGAGUUGAAGAAGGGCAGGGGUCUGCAUGUUGUCAGCAGUCACAAGUUUGACGAGGAUGAUCAGGACAAGCUAUGGGAGGGUGCCGGCCUGCAACUUUCCAGCUGCUGGAGAACCGAGCCCCACAAGUACACUCUCAACCUGCUGACUGUAGGCGAUGUUCUUACCCCUCUCAAGAAGCUGGCCUUGGACGACAUUCGUGACGGCAUUAGACAUGCGCCAUAG